GGUCGAUGACUCUUCUAUGUCCCUCUGCCUCCCUGGACACUCGGAGCCGUGAUCGACGACGCUUGCGUUCAGCAUCUCAAAGACGUCCGUCCUUGCAUGCGCAAAUUUUCAGAGAUUCUGGCUACUACCACAAGUACAGAACGCGAUCAUCAUUGGCCUUUGAGUGCGUGCUGGAAGGCCGUCCACCAAUCGAGACACUGCCCUACCUCGUUCCAUGGCGAGAGUUGUUCCAUCGAGGAGAAACUCGCUUCGAAGUGCACGAAGCCUCGCUCAUCAGCCUUCUUGUCUCUCGAGGAGGCGGCGACCAUGAAUAGAAACUCAUCCCACGAUGCGCCGGCCAAGCUGCUGUCGCGUCGCAAGGGUGCCGCGCCUGUAAGCACCACGCCCAAAUCCACAUUCUCGAACCAAUCGGCGGUGUUUAGCCAGGCCGGCGAAGGGGCAUCGUCUCCUUCGGCAGCUGCCUCAACACUCACAAAUGGUGCAGGGGUUGCAAAUGCGCCUAGUGCGUUUGGGAACACGUCAUGGAAGCCAGCUGCAUCCACCACGUCCGCAAGUCGUCCCAUCGGUGCGGCGUUCGCAGCAGCCGAAGCAUCCGCAAGCUCGUCAGCCAUGCCUUCAUAUCUUUUCGCUCCCGGCGCCGGUGAUCCGGACCCGCCUUCUUCUUCUUCUCCUGCGCCUUCUAUCGGUCAACAAGGGAGUGGACUGGGUCGCUUCAUGCGCUCGAGGGAAUCUCCUGGCCCUUCGACCAUAUCGGGCCAGAGGAAUGCGCUGGGAGGAAUGGUCGAGACGGACGCUGAGCGCAAGAAGCGAUUCGACAAGGAUACUGUUGGAAGCGCGAUUCGAUUCCAGGAGCUCAAGGAGCAGCGCGAAGCGAUGCGGGAACGUUACAUUCGUCAAGGCGUCUUGCCAGAUGAUACGAAAGCCCAGGAUCUGGCUGCGACUCAAACUUUGCGUGGCACAUGCAUGGAGAUGUGCUCAGAGUUUGAGCGUGUAGAGAGGGAAGUUCAAAAGGAAGCUGACCCACCCGAGCUUUAUCCGGGUACGGAAAAGAUAGAUCCGAGGCUUGCAGUCAAGAUCUAUCGCAGACCGGCAGCUGGCCGCGAACUUCCUCUGCCCGACGAUGUUCGUCCUCCGGCCGUGCUUCGGCGCACGCUCGACUAUUUGUUUCACACCUUGCUUCCCACAGAUCCGUCUUCGACCGAAUUUGCCCAAGUCCAAGGUUUCAUCUGGAACCGGACACGAGCUGUGCGACAAGACUUCAUAGUUCAGGGUCAAGGCGGACCAAUGACCAUCGAAUGCCACGAGCGAAUCGCACGCUACCACAUUCUGUGUCUACAUUGGAAGGGCGGUCGAGGCGCGGAAGAAUGGAGCGAACAGCAGGAGAUGGAACAACUUCGAAAAACCAUCCGAAGUCUGUCCGAAUUCUAUGCCGAUCUUCGAGCGCUGACGGGCAAGAGCGCACCCAACGAAGCGGAAUUCCGGGCAUACGAGCUGUUGCUGCAUCACAGAGAUCCGGACACUUUGCGAGAGAUCGAAAGACUGCCCCCCAUCAUCUUCGACUCGCCUACUCUGCAAACGGCAUUGCGGCUGCGAGGCCUUGCUCAGGGCGCGGGUCCCGACAAACCGAGGGACGGCAGUGAAGGCUCGCUCAAUCUGUGGACUCGUUUCUUUGCGGAGACAAAGAAAGCACGAGUCCCCUACCUGCUGGCUUGCUUGGCCGAGACAAUCAUCCCGACGGUCCGAGCGGGCGCUCUGCGAGCGAUGUCCUCGGCAUACAUGGCACAACAUCCACCGUUGCCCGUGCAAGACCUGACCAACGACCUCUCAUUCGACAGUCAGGAAGAGGCUUUAGAAUUUGCCAGGAAUCGGGGCAUUGGCGAGCAAUGGACGACGGAAGAAUCAGGCAAAAAGACGCUAGCUGUGCGGAUCGACAACAAGACGGAACGAGCAUUAGUGUCGGAUGUACAGCUUGAGCGUAGUAAAGCAGUCCCCUUCUCUCAAAUCGUAGUGGAGAGCAAACGCCAGCGAUGGAGCUGCCGCGACAUUAUCGACGGAGUCGCGUCAGGUGCGACUCCACUUCUCAACCACGAUGGCGGACAGCCACUGCCUGCGCCUUUCCAUCCUGCUCGUCAACCAUCCGCAGCACCAACGGUACCUUCGAGGCAGUCAGCGACGCCGGUGACGGAUCACUGGAACGCGCCUACCUCACGCAAGGCUGCACUACCACCACCAGUGAUCUCAAGACCAGUGCAGCCCUAUUCUGCGCCUGUAGCGGCUACUUCUGCGUUCGACAAUUCAUCAUCAGGAAGCAUCUGGGGUGCGUCUCAACUGCAGUCUCGUUUGGGAGGGGUUCAAACAGAUCUGGUGUCUCUAGCAUCGGAAAGUCAAUUCGGAUCGACACCUACCCCUUUUAGAGCUUCCACAUCAGCUGCUGCAAGAUCGUCAGCACAUCCUUACACCAAACCGUCUUCCUCUUCCUCUUCUUUCUCGUUUCCGUCUAAUACUUCUUCCAUCACUGCCCCCUUCUCCACAGCCCCAGGAAACGCAACUUCAACGAUGAUGGGGCAGUCUACCAAAACAGCUAGUACACCUGCUGCUGCUGUAACCGCCGGUGCCGCAUCUCUGCGCGCUACAGAGUUGCCAAGCGGGCUUGCUACUGCGGCUGUUGUGCCACAAGCAUCAAACGCGCAGGUCGUGAGCGGGAAGAGGCGAAAGGCAUCCGAUUCUUUCGUCUCCUCCCCUUCUCCAAGCUCUCCUUCGCACGGCAAGCAGCGAGAGGCAUCCAACAUGCAAAGUGCAAGAGCUGACGUUGCUCCUCUGCCCGUCGUACGCUCGCUCAGGGAAGAAAAAGGGGAAGCAUGCGCCGCGCUAGAUGCGAGAUCACCCUCUGGUCGGCGAGAGUGCAUUCAAUUUGCAGCCGAAACGCUGUUUGACCGUGCGUUGGGUGAGGUGCUGAGCUCGGACCUCGACCUCGACGAGCUAGCUCAGCAAGGUGCUGCGGACGCGUUCAGAGACUGGAACAUUGCACAGAAUGCUUGGGAUCUCUGGCUCGGUCGCCACGACUCUGUGGUGGAAAUGGCAAAACAAGCAGAACGACUGGAAGCGGUGCGCGCAAAGCUACGGAGCAGCCGUUUGGGACACGAUGGGGCAGAUGCUGAUGCUGAGAUGACCGAUAAGGCGAGGUCGAGCAGUAGACAUCUUCUGGGGGAUCGCCAUGCAGCUAGGCAGCGGGAACAGGACUUGCAAACGUUGUCACCGGUAACGAUCAGGGCUGGCAAAAAGGACGACGACACGAUCAGUGAUGGCUUGGUCGUAGCCCAGGCGGACAGAGAAGACCUUUGGGAGCCCGGCACCUUCUUUGACAUCGUCGCCACAUAUGUGGAAGCCAUCACGACUCCGGCACUUAGGCGGUGGCGGAGCGUACUAGUCACGCAAACGUCCGACUCGGCGUCGGAGUGGUUGGUCCGGAAGCUCAUGUUGCCAGGCAAUUUGGAUGAGUCGAUCUCUCAGACGACCCUUUCCGACAGCUCCGGAACGCAGGUAGAACUUGCGCACACAACUUUGCCCCGAAAAUCUGCCGUCAUCGCCUCGCGCGACGUGGCGCUAGUUAUCUUCGCGAGCUCAUCUGCAGAGACGCAGAGUGACGAAGCUGCACUCGAGGUCGUUGAAGGGGCACUUGUCAAUGCGCGAGGACGCUUCGCGCCUCACAUGCUCAUGCUCAGGUGGGGCAGUGCUGCGCCUUCUGUAGCUGAACUGCGGCCGGCUCAGAUUAGAAAGCGCGAGGACGCCUUUGGGACGCGAAUCUGGUCUAAUGUACAGGAAGUUCGUCUGGAAGGCUCGCUCGAGCAAUUGGAAAGUGCUUUCGGGAAUGGUCUUGACGAGCUGUUGAGGUUCAUCCCAUGGCGCAAACAGUCGGCUAGCCAAUCCGAUGCCCGAGAAGUGCUCAGCGCUCUCUGGACCCCUCUGGCGGCUGCGGCUCAAGCGACAGACUCCUGCCUCAGGCACUUGCUCGAGGACAAAUUGGUCACCGCAGCGACCCCUCGCGUGUCCGCCGAGACAGCGGCCAGGGUCUUUGAUCUGCUAUGGCAUACCAUCAACGCCGUCUCUCGCAUCGCAUCGAGGCUCUGGGAGGACGAUGAGAAUGGCACGGAGAACGACUUGCUGGUCCUACCGAGCGACGUUGCCAAACUCUUACCUGAGGACACCCUUCCCCUUCAACUGCUCCUAGAGGCAGCUCGAGAGAGUUACGCAGAGCUUGGCAUCAUGGAAGACGUGACUUUACGUGAGUGUGUGACAAUGUUCCAAGUUCCACAUGCGUGCUGACCACCUUUCCUCACGCUAUGUCUCAGCGUUCUCUGUCGUGCGCUUUGUCGAACAAGUGUUCCAAGGCAUAAUGGAGAGAAUGAUUUUGAAG